GGUACAGAGCACGAAAAAGAAGCUAUGCCCUGCUAAAAGAGUCACGGCUGUUUUUCUGCUGCACAAAACAACAUUCAGAGCAAGAGGUACAAGGAAAGACUUGAAAAAAAAAUAAGCAUCUGCAUUGCUGACUUGUCAAACUACACAGGAUAAAGAAGGAGGGCAAAAUUGGGGUAGCGUCUUGAGAAGGACCAAAACUCAAAGAUGCACCAGGGUCGCCAGCGUUUACGGCCAUGGCUGGAAGAUCAGAUUAAAUCAGGGAGCUAUCCCGGAGUUAUGUGGCUGGAUGAAACUGCCCAGGUCUUCCAGAUUCCUUGGAAACAUGCUGCUCGACAUGGCUGGAAUAUCGAGAAGGACGCCACUUUGUUUCGAAACUGGGCCAUCCAUACAGGGAGAUACAAACCUGGCAUAGACAAACCAGAUCCCAAGACUUGGAAAGCCAACUUCCGCUGUGCUCUCAACUCCUUGCCAGACGUCCAAGAGCUUCGAGACAAAAGCAUCAAGAAAGGCCACAAUGCUUUUCGAGUCUAUAUUCUACUCCCCAACAGCAAAUUGCCAAAGAAGAGAAAAGUGUCCAGCUUAGACAUGAAGGAUGGCAGAGUUGGUUUGCCUGCAUUACUACCACACACCAGUGCACCUCUGGAAAGGUUUACGGACGCUUUCUGGAAGUAUAAGGAAGAUGUCAGAGGUGUUGUUCCUGAGAUGUUUGCUAAAAACUGCUACUCCACAUUACCAUCAGUGAAAGAAGAACACUCAGCUACCUACUGCUGUUCCCCAGCCAAUAUCAGCACAACAGCACACGAAGUCCAAGCAAAUGCAGUGGAAGACCAUGAGCAGACUCAAGCAGUGUUAAAGAUAGUAGAUCACCUCCAGAACACAGACACUUGGGCUCCUUUGCAUGAGCAUGAAAGAGGCUGGCGACCAACAAAUUCCUGGAUGGAAGGUCUUUAUGGAACAAUGGACUAUUCGAACUACCCAUUCCAGGCAGACUGGCACAAUCCCAACACGACAAGUCAAUUUGUCUGAGACAACCAGCAAGAUUUGCAUUAACAGGAUGGAUUGUAAACAUCACAAAACUGGAAUCGAGUACGGAACACCCAACUAAUGGACCUUUUUAAUGAUUUACAAACUAUAAGCAUGACUACCUGUAUAUGAAUAUUAAGAGCACCGAGCAAGUUAAAUGAUUGGUGUUAAGCUAUAACCAUUUUUUUUUUUUUUUGGUCACUCUAAGGCCUCAGACUAUACUCCUGAAGACCUCUUUUCCGUAUUGUCAAGAUCAGUUUCUAAAAAAUUACUAAGUGGAUAUCAACUUUGACUAAACGUGACUUCUGCUUCAGACUUUCAGGAAAACAUACAGGAUGUCUAUUCAGACCCUUCCUGUCCAAAUGAAGACCAAAUGGUGCUUUAAGUUAUAUUGCCACACUUUAUAUUCAAACUAAUCACUAUAUUAAUGACAAUUCAAGUUCCAAAUCUUUGUCAUUCUGAUAUUGCUUUUAUAAUAAAAUGUUUUAUACUUUAAAA